AUGGCAGAAAACCUGAGGAAACUGGUCUCGAGCGAACCUUUACGACUGAUGCACGACAAGCUAGAGUGCUGGCUGAGGGAGUACAACACAAACACAUGUGAUCAAAAUCUUAAUCAUUGCCUUGAGCUCAUCGAACAAAUUUCCAAAGUUCAAGGACAGCUCUUUAGGAUCCUCACUACGGCAGCCCAAGAAGGUGGACAUUAUGAUGGUGUGGAAAUAAUCAAAUCGCGCCUUCUGCCUUGGCUGGAGGCCUCCUUUACUGCUGCUUCCCUGGGAAAACCUGUUGACAGCAAGGUCCCCUCUCUACAGGACACAUUUGAUAAGGAGAGACAUAAAGAGGCUGGUGUUCGGGAUCGGGACAUGCAACAAUUAGACUCUGAGUUGACUUCGACUCAUAAUCAACUCAACCAGGUUCAAGACGAUCUGGCUGAAACUGAAAAGACUCUUGAAGAAACCAAGAACAGAUCGGCCAUAUCCCUUUUGGCUGCAGAGGAGGAAAUAAAUCAGCUAAGAAAGCAGCUUAAAUCUCUUCAAGUCCAGGAGGAAUCCCGCCACCGAAACGUAGAACAUAGAAGUGUGGAGCAUCGGUGUACGGAGCCUAGAACCUCAGAGCCGAGGACCUCUGAGCAGAGGAGGUUGGACCAGCGGGGCAUUGACAAGUGGGGCAUAGAGCAGCGGACUGAAGUGAUUUCUGAUUAUGAGAAACAGCUCCGAACGCUAAAGGACGAGAUAGCUGUUUUGUCUGCUGAAAAAUCUGUGCUUCAAGGAAGGUCCGCCCGGAGCCGGACUCCCAGCCCUGGCCCUCGCAGCCACAGCCGCAGCCGCAGCCGCAGCCGCUCCACCAGCCCCGCCACCGCGGUCGUAAAGAUCAGGAGCCCGUCCCCGAAUCGCGCCAAAAUGUCCAAUGUGGCGCGCAAGGCUGCCCUCCUGUCCCGGUUCAGCGACGCCUACUCCCAGGCCCGGCUGGAUGCGCAGUCUCUGCUGCGGCGCUGCAUCGACAAAGCCGAGACCGUGCAGCGCGUAAUCUACAUCGCCGCAGUGGAGGCAUUCCAUGUAGCUAAAAUGGCAUUCAGGCAUUUCAAGAUCCGCGUGAGGAAAUCGUUGACACCAUCUCUCGCGGGGUCGAGUAACUUUGAGGAUGCCGUCUUGGAUUAUAUCAUUUGUCAUCUCGAUCUAUAUGAUUCCCAAAGCAGUGUUAACGAUGUGAUCCGAGCCAUGAAUGUCAAUCCCAAGAUUUCAUUUCCUCCUGAAGUUGACUUUUGCCUCCUCAGUGACUUCAUCCAGGAGAUAUGUUGCAUUGCCUUUGCCAUGCAGGCUUUAGACCCACCCCUAGAUAUUGCAUUUGGGGCGGAUGGAGAAAUUUUUAAUGAUUGCAAGUACCAUCGCAGCUAUGACUCUGAUUUCACUGCUCCCUUGGUCCUCUAUCACGUGUGGCCUGCUCUCAUGGAGAAUGACUGUGUCAUUAUGAAGGGAGAAGCUGUCACCAAGAGAGGGGCUUUUUGGAAUUCAGUUCGAUCUGUAAGUCGAUGUCGAAGCAGGAGUUUAAGUCCCAUCUGCCCCCGUAGCCGUAUUGGUUUAAGCACGAUAUCUCGAAGCCGGAGCCCUUCUCCAAUAAGAUGUGGAUUGCCGAGGUUUUAAAGCCAGCAGACAUGUCCCUUUGCUACAGUACAUCUGCCCCAGCUAACUUCCCCAGUGCCUGUCUCCUGUGCCUGCCUCAGAACUCACUUAAGAUAAUGUGAAAACGCAAUUCUGUGUAUCACUCCACACGGAGAGUUAAAUGUUUUGGCUUAGCGUGUUUGUAACCUCAGAUAUAUUGCAUUUUAUUUUAUU